AUGGGGGCUACGGAAAUCAAUGACGUUAAGAAGCAGUGGCAAGCCACCCACGAUCAAGAGAUUCAAGCGCGCAUGAAACAAGAGGUAGAUGAACGAGAUGCUAUGAAAAAAUCUGGAGCAGAGCAAUACGAGCAGAUCAAAGCACAACUGGUGCGCACCCGCACUGAACUGCACGAGCAAGCUAGGAAGCAACAAGAGAAGCUGUCUGAGGAAAUACAGAGGAACGAUGUUUCAGAGUCGGAUAACGACCGGGCCACCACCUGGGUGAAGGUUGCGGAUAUUGUGGACAAGGUUAACUCAUUCAUGAACGACGCCAGUAUUCCUGGAACAAAUGAUCAGGAGUACAUGAACAAGUUACUGCAAGCGAAGAAGGCUGUCAAACAGACGGCUGUCAAACAGACGGCUGUCAAACAGACGGCUGUCAAACAGAAGGCUGUCAAACAGAAGGCUGUCAAACAGAAGGCUGUCAAACAGAAGGCUGUCAAACAGAAGGCUGUCAAACAGAAGGCUGUCGUUGUCGAUGUCUGUUGUUUUGGGUAG